CCUCGCGGCGCCGCGCCAGCCGCCGCUUCCCCGCUGCGGACGCCCGCGAGCAGGUUGUUGUUUUUAUGAAGCGUCACUGGCGUCUAGAGCCCGGACGCCGCCACGGUGACAGCCGGCGCGGUCGGGCGGAGGAGGCGCUGCCUUCAGGACUGAAAAAUGUCUGAAAAUUCCAGCGACAGUGACUCAUCUUGUGGUUGGACUGUCAUCAAUCAUGAGGGUUCUGAUGUAGAGAUCAUGAAUUCUGUCACAGCCAGUGACAGCUGUGAACUGACUCUAGAAUGUUCCUCAUUAGAGCAAGAGGAACUGCAAGUUCUUCAUGUGGGGCCUGGAACUGGAGAAAGCAGCGCAAACAGUAUGUCAUCAGUGGAAGAAACUAUGUUGGCAGCAGUGGGAGAAACCAAGUCAGAAAUUGAGGUUGAGGAAGCAGCUUCCCCUGAAGACAAUGUGUAUCUGGGAACUACCAGUGAUGAUUCUGAUAUUGUUACACUUGAACCCCCUAAGCUGGAAGAAAUGGGAAGCCAGGAAGUUCUGAAAGAAGCGCCCAGCUCGGACGACUUUAACAUGGGCUCCUCCUCCAGUAGCCAGUACGCCUUCUGCCAGCCAGAGCCCGUCUUUUCAUCUCAGCCUAGUGAUGAGGAAUCCAGUAGCGAUGACACCAGCCAUGAGCCCAGCCCUGCCCCUAGACGCCGCCGCAACAGGAAGAAGACCAUUUCCAUCUCAGAGUCUGAGGAGCCACCACUUGCUGAACCGGAAGAGGAAUCCUCCAAGGAGCCGAGUAAACGACACUUCAGUGGUGGUCUCAACAAAUGUGUUAUCCUGGCCUUGGUGAUUGCUGUCAGCAUGGGAUUUGGACAUUUCUAUGGCACAAUUCAGAUUCAGAAGCGUCAGCAGUUAGUCAGAAAGAUCCACAGAGAUGAGCUGAAUGAUGUGAAGGAUUACCUCUUGCAGUGCCAGCAGGAACAAGAGUCUUUUCUAGAUUUCAAGUCACUGAAGGAAAACCUUGAAAGGUGUUGGACCGUUACCGAAGCAGAGCAGAUUACCUUUGCAACUCAGAAAAGGAAUCUUGCUGCAGAAAACCAGCAUUUAAGAAUAUCUCUGGAGAAGGAGGAGAAAGCCCUGUCUUCACUACAGGAAGAGUUACAGCAGCUAAGGGAGCAGAUUAGAUUGUUGGAGGAUAAAGGCACAAGUACCCAGUUAGUUAGGGAGAACCAGGAUCUUAAGCGGUAUCUAGAAGAGGAAAAACGGAAAACGAACAGUUUCCUUAACGAAAGGGAGACUCUGGUAGAGGAAGCAAAGACGCUCAAGAGGGACCUGGAGAGAGAGCAGCUCACAGCGAUGGCUCUGCGGGCAGAACUGGAGCAGGCGGUCCCUCGCCAGGCACGGGACCACGCAGACUCUGCCAGCGGCGGCGGCCAGCAGACUGAAGAGAAGGAGGUGGCCCUGUUGCGGCAGAGGCUGGCUGAGUUGGAGCAGAAGCUAACCUUUGAGCAGCAGCGGUCUGACUUGUGGGAAAGAUUGUAUGUUGAGGCCAAGGAUCAAAGCAGAAGGUCGGAGAGCGAAGGGAGGAAGAGAGGAAGCAGAGGAAGCCACAGGGCUAAGAGCAAGUCCAAGGAGACAUUUCUGGGGACAGUUAAGGAAACGUUUGAUGCUAUGAAGAAUUCUACCAAAGAGUUUGUGAAGCAUCAUAAAGAAAAAAUCAAGCAGGCGAAAGAAGCCGUGAAGGAGAAUCUGAAGAAGUUCUCAGAUUCAGUUAAGUCUACUUUUCGACAUUUCAAAGAUACCACCAAGAACAUCUUUGAUGAAAAGGGCAGUAAGAGAUUCGGGGCUUCAAAAGAAGCAGCAACUGAAAGACCAAGAACAGCCUAUGGUUAUUCUUCGUACUCACAGCACGAGGCACCAAACCCAAACCAGAAUUGCAGAGGCCCUUCUGCACAGAGGGAUGGAGGGAGAGAAAAGGCCAGUCACUCCGAAGAAAUGAGAAAAAAUGCCAAUUCACAUCCGUACAAAGCCAAGUUUGAAUGUGCUGGGAAAGAAUCUGUCAGGAUAAAUGACUUCAGACAGCUGAUUGAGUGGUACUUACUCAAUGAACUGGAUACUUUUCACCACUGGAAAGAACUGGAUCAGUUCAUCAGUCCCUUUUUCCCGAAUGGUGUCUUCAGACAUGACCAGAAGCUCUUCGCCGACUUUGUUGAUGCCGUGAAAGGUUACCUUAAGGGAAUAAAGGAGUACCAAGUAGAGGAUGACAGUUUGGAGAAGUUGGACGGAUAUAUAUAUAGACACUUUGGGCACAUUUUCGCCCUCCCAUUCGGACCCAGUCGACCUGAUAAAAAGCAACGUAUGGUAACUAUUGAAAACUCCAGGCACCGAAAACCCGAGCAGAAGCACCUUCAUCCCCAGCCUUAUAAAAGGGAAGGUAAAUGGCAUAGAUACGGCCGCGCUAACGGAAGACACACGGCAAACCUUGAGAUAGAGCUGGGCCAGUUACCUUUUGAUCCUAAGUACUGACUCAUGCUUAAGUUAGGAGAUUAGGAGAUGUGAUGCUUUCUACUUUGUUUGGUGUUGAGAUUAAGAUGAAAUGCCCAGGAUGACUGUCUUUUCACUUCUAGAAGACUGGUUUGACGGCUUUAUAUUAUGCAAAAGCAAAGCUUACUAACUUGCAUUUUCCUGUAGCUUAGGUUUGUUAAAAACAAAACUUUUUUUUUUUUUGCCCUGGAAAAAAAAAAAUGGUAGUUUUAUUAAGGAAGCCAGGCAUGAAAUAUUCUGUGCAUGAAACAAGGCUUGGUUUGAGUGGCCGAGCUUAGAGAAGCUCAGCUUUCUCGUACAGGGCGGUGAGUGCCAUCUUGAGGUGUGCAGUAUGGCUGGAGUGAGCUGAGACGGGAAUCCGCUCUAACAUGUCUACUCUCCUGCUUUUGUCUCUCUGUGGGAUCAAGAGCCCAUUGGCUUGUGAGGAGCUUGCUGACUUGUUCUUGUGAACGCUCUUGCACACCUCAACACUGUGGAAGAACAAUAAACUGCACGUGAGGAAAA